AAAAAUGUCUACGCCGAAGAAUUAUAUAAAAAUUUCAAUAGAUGAGAAAAAUGACAGAAGAGACAACGUCACUGCAAAUGAAAAUUGUUCCAGAAAUAGAAUAAAAAAAGGAAUUUUUGUUUUAAUUGGUAUUUGUGUAGUUUUUGCAUUUGCAAAUAAUGCCAUGGGACAUCCUGCAAAAGAAAAUGAUGAAUCAUCUUCAGAAAUUCCACCAAUAGAAAAUGAUAUAGCUUCAACUACCCAAAUAAUUCCAACUGUACCAUUAUUAACGGAUUCAUCAGGCUCUGAAAAACCACCUGACAAAGUGACUUUUGUCCUCUUCGCAGCUGAUCGUAUAGGAUUUGAUGGAAGCGUAGAGGUGGAUCAUUCAUCGCGCACAUUUUCAAAAUUAAAGGAAAAAUCGAAAAUAGAGAGCUCACAUUUUAAGAAACUUUUAUCAAUUGGUGGACGAUCCAAUACACAAUUUUUGCCACUUGUUAUUGCGGAUCCCAGAAGGAAAAGAAGAUUUUUCAAGUCCAUCAUUUCGAUUCUUGAGGAAUAUCAACUAGAUGGAGUUGAUUUACUUUGGAAGUGGGCCAAAAACUCAAACACAAAGAAAUGUUCUCGGUUUCUUUGUGAAUUGAAACAAAAGCUAAAAGAACGAAAGAAAAAUUAUGUGCUCUCUGUGCAAAUUCUGCCUGAUGAGCCAUCGAGUUGGGAGCUGUUCAAUCCUGCAAAUGGGUCACCUCUCAAUAUUCAAGUGGAGGACUGCAACACCGGACCAGAUACAGAAGUCGUGGAGCCGAGUGACUCAGAACUGGAAUCUACCGAAAAUAACUCAAAGAAACUUACCGUCGACAUUUUCAAAUUUUGUUAUAUUACAUCGGAUGGAAAUCUUCAAUUUGAGGAUGAGAUUGCUAUGAAAUUAUUUUUAAAGUUAAAGGAGCAAGCUAGAUCGGAAAAUUUGAAACUGGAAUUGAUAUUUAAAAUUGAUGGGCGCACGAAUACAUUCUUAUUUUCCUCUGUUAUACUGGCUCAUGAUAAGAAAAGAAAAUUCAUUAAUUCUGUCAUCUCGUUUCUAAAAGAAUAUCGGCUUGGUAACUCGGACUUAAUUUGGAAAUCGACAAGGAGUUCCUUCAGAGUAGAAUAUUUUCGGUUUCUUGAUGAAUUUAAAUCAGAGAUUAAAGAAAGAAAGAGAAAUUAUAUUUUAUCGAAAGUUGUACGGCCACCACUAGGAUUCUCAUUGUAAAUUUUUGUGUUAUUAGUUUUAAUUAUUUGAUCUCUUUAUCAAGCUUUAUCGAUUCAUGAGUAAUGUAUAUUCUGAUAUUUUGAUAUUUUCCUUUUUAUGAACUACAACCAAAUAUUUAUCUCGUUUCCAAAAAUAUUGAUUUAAUGAAAUUUGCAAUAAA